ACUAACAUACCCAAUUGUCGCGGGUCAGAAUCGCAACUUCUAUGGAAUUUAAGUAUGACUUUUUGUGCUGCUGUCGCGAAUCGCGACUACAAUUGUUGUCAAUUCCAGCGAGAAAAUGCCGCGUCUUCCACACCAAGAUCUUGUUUCCGUCGACCGUGGUGUAGUGCCGUCGAUUAUUUGUAGGUGGUGCGCGGUGCUUACUGAAUCAUUCAGAAAAAUUUCUGUGACCAUCUCCGCAUCCUAUUAAGGGAGUUGUGUACUAUUGUGAUUGUUUUCUAUCGAAGGAUUGUAAUCUUCAGAUGUUCGUUGUGUACAAUCGAUGGAAUGUCUGCAGGAUAAAGUGGAGGCUGCCCUCCUCCCCCAUCGAACGCCAUCGUUGGUCCUCUAGUCCCGAGCUGUGGCGGUGAGCGGGCAGUAAUGGCAGCCGCGCAUCGUCUGCUGCUGCUCGCGUGCCUCUUCUGGUACGUCCGCGCCGAGACCUCUUGGGCCGCCCUCAGGCCCGAGAAUCUACUGGUGCUGGAGCCCAGAGACGUAGCCGUCAAAACGUCGUCUGAAGAUGAAGUAUGUUCCAAAAACAUUGAUAUUCGCAACUCUGUAUCAUCUUUUCGCAAGCUGGAAAACUGCUCGGUGAUUGAAGGAUCGCUCCAGAUCCUGUUAAUUGACAAGGCAGAGCACAAGGACUUUGAGAACUUGACUUUUCCAAAGCUUCAGGAAAUUACGGGUUAUCUUUUGUUGUACAGAAUUCAAGGACUUCAGUCAUUAUCAAAGCUUUUCCCCAAUCUCGCCGUCAUCAGGGGGGAUGUGCUUUUUCAUAACUAUGCUCUCGUCAUCUAUGAAUUGCGUGCCAUACAAGACGUCGGACUCGUGAGCCUGACGACCAUUUUGAGAGGCUCAGUGCGCAUCGAGAAGAACCCUCAUCUGUGUUAUGUGGACACCAUCAACUGGGACUACAUCGCCAAGGCUGGUCGGGGAGGCCACUUCAUCAAGGAUAAUAAGCCUUAUGAAGAGUGCCCUAAUACUUGUCCUGUUGCUGAAUGUCCAACUGUGAUCAAUCCCAGGUUGCAGAGGCAGCAGAAACUCUGUUGGAAUUCUCAUACGUGCCAGAAAGUUUGUAAUAUAGAUUGUGAAUACAGAAAUUUAACGUGCUCCUCAAGGAAUGUAUGCUGCCAUCAAGAAUGUCUCGGAGGUUGCCAUGGUAAACUCUCGGAUAAAUGCAUUGCUUGUCGCCAUGUUGUGUUCAAAGGAAAAUGUAUGCGCCGCUGUCCAGCUGGUACUUUUAAGUAUUUAGAUCGCAGGUGCAUUGAAGAAGAUGAGUGUAAGAAUGUAACUAACAGAAUGCUGGACGUUCCGAUGAAUCAAGAAGUGAAGUGGAAACCGUUUCGUGGUGAAUGCUUACCUCACUGCCCUUCUGGUUUUGCGAUCAACGAGACAAACAAGCAUGAGUGCAUCAAGUGUGAUGGCCAAUGUCCGAAAAUUUGCGAUGGUGCUGUCGUUGAUAGUGUUGGAUCUGCGCAAAAGUUGAAAGGCUGUACAUAUGUGAAUGGCUCUCUUGAAAUUCAAAUUCAAGGAGGAGAAAAUAUCAUAAAUGAAUUGGAGACGAGCUUGAGCAGCAUACAAAUGAUUCGCGGCUAUUUAAAAAUUGCAAGAUCUUUUCCUCUUAUUUCACUACAUUUCUUAAGGGAUUUAGUUGAAAUACAAGGAGAGCAGCUUGAUAAAAAAGAAUAUGCAUUAUUAGUGUUAGAUAACCAAAAUUUGCAAGAGCUGUGGAACUGGGAGAGCAGAAAGACGAAACUUAGAAUCUCUCGAGGAAAAAUCUUUUUUCAUUUCAACUCUAAGUUAUGCCCCAACAAAAUAGAGGAGCUCAAGAAUUAUUCGUAUGUUCGCAAUUGGGAUGACAGAGAUGUGUCUCCAAGCUCAAAUGGUGAUAGAGUUGCUUGUAAUGUUGUGGAUAUGGAUAUGGUAGUGUGGCGUGUAGGAUCUGUAGUGGCAGGGCUGAGAUGGAAAAAUUUCCGCAAAACUCACACUGACAUGGAUUUUCGUUCCCUCCUUGGCUAUGUAGUUUAUUACAGAGAAGCGCCUGAUAGAAAUGUUACUAUAUUCGAUGGUAGAGAUGCUUGUGGAGCUGAUGUCUGGAAAGUUGAUGAUGUGGAAGCAGACGAAGAUGCAGAAUAUGUCAUAACUUUACUAACUCAUUUAAAACCAUAUACAACAUAUGCUACUUACAUGCGGACCUACACAAUUGCAUCAGCUGUAGUUGGAGCUCAAACACCAAUAAUUUAUUUCACAACAAAACCUGAUACACCUUCUCCUCCUGUAAAUGUUCAAGCUGUUGCCACAUCCCAAGGUGAAAUAAUAAUAUCAUGGUCACCUCCAAAAAGACCCAACGGAAACGUCACUCAUUACAUCAUUGAAGGCUAUAGAGAAAAGGAUUCUUCUGAGUUUAUUAGUCAAAGAAAUUAUUGCAAUGAGCCACUUGCUAUGUCGGAUUUCAAAAAAACUAAGGGUAGAAGCGAAGCAAUCGAAGAUGUCUCUUCCGAAGAGAAAGAACAGAAAAAGGGUUCAGAUUCUGAGAAAUGUUGCUCAUGCUCUAAAACAAAGUCACUGCCUGAUCAGGGAGAAGAUGCUGAAUCACAAAUUCAAUUUGAAGAUUUUAUUCAUAACAGUGUUUUCAUUAAAAAUCCUAAUGCGGGAAAACUGAAAACUGAGAACACAACCGUGACCUUGCUUCCUACCUCCGCAUCCUUUGAAUCUUCCACCGAGUUCUUCAAUGAGUCAUACAUGCACAUUCUUGGAAGUCCAUCUUCUUUGUCCACAGUAGUUGAAAAUGUCACCGAAGUUGCGAGCACUGUGCCACCAGAGUUAGAGGAAGGACGGUUUCGAUAUGUGGUUUAUGAUGAAAAGUAUCUGGUUGUUAAAAAUCUUCAUCAUUUCACGGAAUACACUAUUGAGGUGAAAGCUUGCCAAGAACCAGCCAUAGAUCUAGAUGAAUGCAGUUCCCAAGCAAUUACAACGAUUCGAACUUGGCCACUGGAUGGUGCAGAUGAUAUAGAUGUGAGUACUAUCAUCAUCAAUACUGAAAAUGCUACUUCUGGCAUCAUUACUGUGAAAUGGGAUGAACCUAAAAAUUACAAUGGUUUAAUACUGAAUUAUUACAUUGAAGUGAAAUCAGUUGAAGCGGGUGAUCAUCAACCUACCCCUCAUUGCAUUACGCAGUGGGAUUUUCAGAAGAAAAUGUAUUACACCUUAGGUGUGUCAAAACCUGGGAAUUAUUCAUUGAGAAUAAGAGCUACUUCCUUAGCUACAAGUGGAAAUUGGACCUCACCUGUACAUUUUGUUAUUCCAGAUGCUAAAGGUGGCCUUUGGAGAUCUGAAAUGCUUUCACUCUUUAUUGUUGGCAUAGUUGCAUUUAUAUUCAUAUCUUUUGGAGUUCCAUUUUAUUUCUAUUACAAGAAAAGAUAUGGAAAUGCUAUGCCAACAAUGCUUUAUGCCUCUGUGAAUCCUGAAUACAUGAGUGCUGUGUACGAACCUGACGAAUGGGAAGUUGCGAGAGAUAAAAUAACAUUGAUUCAAGAGUUGGGACAAGGAUCUUUUGGCAUGGUUUACAAAGGAGAAUACAAAACUGAGGAUAGAGGAAACAUAAAUUGUGCAGUUAAAACUGUUAACGAAUCAGCUUCAUUAAGAGAAAGGAUAGAAUUUUUACAAGAAGCCUCUGUUAUGAAAGCUUUCAACUGCCAUCAUGUUGUAAAAUUGCUGGGAGUAGUUUCUAAAGGUCAUCCAACUUUAGUCAUUAUGGAGCUUAUGGGGAAAGGCGAUUUGAAAGCGUAUCUGCGAUCACGUCGUCCAGAAGAAAAUAUUGAAAAUCCUGAUGUCCAUGCUCCUACACUCAGAGAAAUCUUGCAAAAUGCAGUUGAAAUAGCUGAUGGCAUGGCAUACUUGGCAGCCAAGAAGUUCGUCCAUCGAGAUCUUGCUGCUCGCAACUGUAUGGUAUCCGAUGAUUUGACGGUGAAGAUAGGAGAUUUCGGCAUGACUCGAGACAUUUAUGAAACCGAUUACUACCGUAAAGGUGGGAAAGGGCUUCUGCCUGUGCGUUGGAUGGCUCCUGAGUGUUUGAAAGAUGGUUUGUUCAGCUCCCAAUCAGAUAUAUGGUCUUAUGGUGUUGUUUUGUGGGAGAUGGCAACCUUGGCAUCCCAACCUUACCAAGGUUUAUCGAAUGAACAAGUUCUGCAAUUCGUGAUGUCUGGUGGAAAAAUGACAAUGCCAGAAAACUGCCCCGAAAAGCUCUAUGCUCUGAUGGACCUUUGCUGGAACAAAAAUCCCAAGGCCCGGCCAACCUUCGUGGAGCUGAUCGAAAUGCUUCUUCCAGAUAUUGAUCAGGUGAAAUUCAACGAAGUGUCCUUUUACUUCACUCAAAGACAAGAAACAAGCGCCAAAGAAAACGAACUAUGCGAUUCGGCCACUGCGUCCACUCCCAUGAGGAUCCAGUGGAUGGAAUCCCAGAACUCCAGGGAGGACUCUGACAACGAGCCAGAAGUGACUUUCUUUCCUCCCACCAGAAAUAUCUACCAAACGAGCUACCCAGAGGACAAUUACCAUGACGAGGGUGCGAAGGGGGACAGCCGAGCUUAUAGUGUUCAUUCCAAUGAUGGCAGCAAAGGCAUGUCUGCCACAUCCUCUGAUGACAGCAAGGGUAGCAAAGUUAGUAGCGUUUCCAACGGAAGCAUUGCCAAUGGACACGUCUCUUUCAUACCCGGUCGAACUACAAUGUGUUGAUCUUCAUCAGUGUCUGACUCAUACCGGUAGUAGAGAGUGCGCAAUUCAUUUAUCACAUCCGUUGUGUGUACUUUUCAUUUGGUGCUGUUUCAGGAAAAUCAAUGUUCAAACUCGGGGGGUGAUCCAGCUUGCUGAUUAUGGGCCGUGCGGCUUUCACGGCAAAUAUUCUAUCCUGUUCAAUGUGAGGCACUCAGAGCUGAAGUGGACCACGUCCAUGAGCUGUAGUUCUGAGGUAAAUCAAGAUAACUGUUUAUUGACAGUAGUUGAAUUUGUAAGUGAUUUGGAUGAUAAAUAUCCUUCGUUGUUUGUUGCAGUUUUAAACUAAGCUGAACAUUAGUCAUAGUUUGAAAAUUCAAUAACAAUGAUUUACAAGCAGCGAUUCAAUUUUCGAUCAGAAAUAGGUUUGGACUUGGACCACUUUAGC